AGUGCCGAGGCGCCGCGCGCGGGCCCGAGGGACAAGGCGCAGGCCCGGGGUGGCCGUGGUCCGGGCGAAGCGGGGCCCAAGGAGCCGGCGCGCAGGUCGCCGGGCCCUGAGCGCGCCAGCCUGUGCCCGGCGGGCGGCCCCCCUGGAGAUGCGCUGAGACCCGGCGGAGGCCUGCGGCCCAAUGGGCAGACCAAGCCGCUGCCCGCGCUGAAGCUGGCGCUGGAGUACAUCGUGCCGUGCAUGAACAAGCACGGCAUCUGCGUGGUGGACGACUUCCUGGGCAGGGAGACCGGGCAGCAGAUCGGAGACGAGGUGCGCGCCCUGCACGACACCGGCAAGUUCACGGACGGGCAGCUGGUCAGCCAGAAAAGCGACUCGUCCAAGGACAUCCGGGGCGACCAGAUCACCUGGAUUGAGGGCAAGGAGCCGGGCUGCGAGACCAUCGGCCUCCUCAUGAGCAGCAUGGACGACCUGAUCCGCCACUGCAACGGCAAGCUGGGCAACUACGUGAUCAACGGCCGAACGAAAGCUAUGGUUGCUUGUUACCCAGGCAAUGGAACAGGCUACGUCCGUCAUGUUGAUAACCCAAAUGGAGAUGGAAGAUGUGUGACGUGUAUAUAUUAUCUAAAUAAAGACUGGGAUGCCAAGGUAAGUGGAGGUAUACUUCGAAUUUUCCCAGAAGGCAAAGCCCAGUUUGCUGACAUUGAACCCAAAUUUGAUAGACUGCUGUUUUUCUGGUCUGAUCGACGUAACCCUCAUGAAGUGCAACCAGCAUAUGCUACAAGGUACGCAAUAACUGUUUGGUAUUUUGAUGCAGAUGAGCGAGCAAAAGCUAAAGAAAAAUAUCUAACAGGUGAAAAGGGUGUGAGGGUUGAACUCAAUAAGCCUAAUUUGGUCAAUAAGGACGUCUAGCAGGGCCUCAGAUCUGGCAGGACUCACGUCCCCUACAGCCGCUCAGAUGCCGACUUCAGAGUCCAGUGGAUGGAAGGAACAAGGACACCUGGUUGGCAUUUCAGCAGGGUGCUGUCCAACAGAGGGUACCAACUGCUGUGACUGCUGUGGGGUUGGCUCCAGAUCUGUGACUGCCCCGUGGCUGCUGCCCUGUCGGAGCAGAGGAGGAGGCACUGUUGAAGAAUGACUUUUCCAU